AUGUUGCGGGAGCUUUUGUUUUUCAAUAUAAUAUUAUCUCCCUUGGUAUUAUCGCGACGAAGGCAUCAAAAGCAGAAAGAAUCAUCUGAAGAAUUGGGUGGAGAUUUGAUAACUUCUUUAAGAAAUGAUGCAAAUUUAGAUCUUUCUAUGGAUGAAGAGUAUGAAGAUUUGCGAGCUGAACUACUUGCAUACCAUACAGCUUUAUCAUCCCUUUCUGGGACGAGAGUUGAUGAUGGUUCAUUGCCACCCGAAGUAGCUGAAGCCGUUGCUGCAGAACCAGGCAAUAACGUCGACCUUGACACUCGUAGAUCGAUGAAAACGACUCCUUGCUGGAAACUCGGUGGUAUUUGUAUUCAGCACAAAAUGUGCAUAGGACAUCGGUUUCUUUCUGAAAUCCCCGGCUGCAAAGAUAAAGUAGAAGUAUGCUGUUUUACGUGGAACAAGUUCCAGACGAGGGACAUGACAGACAAAGGCGUCAGCAAUUUAGCCUUGCCGUGGUCAAUCAGUCACCCAUUUGGUGGAAAAGGGCUCAUUAGGCUUGAUGAAGUGCCAGAGGAAAUUGAUAAUAAAAAGAAGAAUUCAAAUAAUGAUGACGCCGAUAUAUUGGCCUACGACCUUUCUAGUAUUGAAGCACAAAAGAAAAAUAAAGUUUUGGAAUUACACGAAAAUGAGAAAAAACAUAUAAGUGCCAGAAAGCAAAAACAGGCUCUUAUUGUGAUUCUGAAACAAGAUAGAAAGUAA